CCUAGCUGCCAGUCAUGUCGCCGGAAAAAGGCACGAUGCAGUCGUCAGCAACCCUGUGAUCAGUGCCUCAAAUACCAUUUUGAGUGUAUUUACGAUGAGAAGAAGUCGAAACCUGGUCUACGAAUGGGCGCCAUUGAGCAUCUCACACAGCGAGUUACGAUCCUGGAGAAUAUGUUCCUCGGCCAAGGCGUCUUAUGGCAACAAGUUUGGAAAUGCUUAGACUCCCUCGGCGUACAACAGCUGCCGUCCGACUCUGGAUGUUCCCCAGGCCAUGGAUCAGACAGAGAAGAAAGCAAUCUGAGGGAGCACACUCUAAGACUGAGACAUACACUUUCUUCGUUGGCAAGCCAGGCCACGGGCGACCUCUCCGACUGUGAUAAUCCUUCUCCAAAGCGAAGGCGAACUCAGGAAGAACGACCAAAGACACAACGCGGCGACUCUGGAGAAUUCGGUCACGACGAGGAGCUUCCACCGGACGAUCUCAUCGAUGCUCUUGUCGAGAUAUAUUUCACCCGGAUUCAUCCCUGGAUCCCGAUGCUGCAUGUCCGCGAAUUCCGCGAGAGGAUGGCCACCCCUUCUAAGCGGCAGCGACUGACAACAAUAUUUCAUGCCAUAGUCUCACUUUGCGUGCGGUUUUCGCACGAUCCGCGACUUGAUGAGCCGGAGGCACGAUCGAGAUACGCAAGGCGGUGUCGCCAGAUUGUGAUCAUCAGGAGCAUGGAGUCCUUUUCGGUUGAGAACCUACAGGCGCUGAUUAUCUGUGCCUUUGACGUUAUCGGGAGUGGGCGCGGCCCCUCGGCUUGGUCCAUAGUAGGAAGCAUGGCGCGGACGGCUGAGCAGCUUCAACUGAGCAUCGAAGAUGAAGAAAGCCAUUCGCCAUCGGGAGCUCUCAUCAAGCGAAUCGCAUUUCUCCCACCCUGCAAGAGCUGGAAAGAGGUCGAGGAGAGACGGCGGAUCUUUUGGAAUGUCUUUCUCAUGGAUCGCUUCUGCAGCAUCGCAACUGGCUGGAACUGCUCCCUCACAAGUGCGGACGUGAAGCGAAGACUCCCAUGUGAAGGUGCUUUGUGGGAGGAGGGCGAGCCCCUCAAGACACCAACUCCCUACUUUGGUAUCGCGGACCAGUCCGUGAACAUGAAAGCAGCAGGCGCCCUUCCGACGGCGCGACCAGAGGACGAGGAUCCUUCCUCGCUGGGAGGUUUCGCGUACUGCAUCGAGGCUACGGAGAGUCUCAGUCUGGUUACGACGUUUUUCCUGCAGCAAGCUGUGGAUGUGUCCAAGAUGCGGGACGUACAGCUCUGGCUCAUGAAGUUUAAGCAGCUAGACUUACGACUGGUGCAAUGGAAGCUCUUUCUGCCGGAGCGAUGGCGAGAAGCCUGCGUAUUAAACGAUGGCAUCAUGGAUCCAAACCUGACGCUCGCCCACAUCACCCAUAACACCGCUGUCGUUCUCCUACACCAAGGGAUUGCAUACCCAUCCGCAGAAUGGCAGGCCACGACUAUAAGACUUCCCUCCGCUUCCAGCGCCGAGACUUGCCUCGCUGCAGCAACAGAGGUGGCCAUCAUUGCCGACAAGUUUCUCCAGUGCUCCCCGAUCCUCACAAAUCCACAAUUCGCCUUUUGUCUGUUCAUUUGUGGCCGGAUGCUUCUGGCCCACGCCAUCCAUUAUAACUGCCCGUUGGCCCCGGAAUUUGAGUCACUGAUAAGUAGCCUGGGAGAGAUCUCGACAAGAUGCAAUGGGCCACAUACAACAGCCGUUGCUCCCGACAACCUGGCCUCUAAAUUUGCCGCUCGCCUUGACCAGGCUCGACAACAGGGGGCCGAGCCACUGGAUAUCAGGGAGGCGGCAUACUCCCAGAGU